UUGAGACGGACUGGAGGCAAUUCACUGAGUCGUUAUUUAAAUGCCCUACUCCAAAGCUUGGGGUCUCAGUCUUCAGAAGGAGCGAGACAGAAACAGAAGGAUAGAGUCUCAAACCUGAUGUUGAGAGACGUUGUCCCCUAUUUAAUCGUCACUGAUAAGUGCGGAUUAUGAACGCCUUUGGACAGCAGCCAUCCAACCCACAAUCUUCCCCUCUCCAGCAUCACAACGCACAAGAACUCCUGGAGAUGGCUGUUUACUGCGACAACUUCAGCAUGUACCAGCAAAACCUACAUCACCAUCCCCAGAGACCAUCGACGCAUCAAUCCGGUUACGGGCUGGGCGAUUAUACCUCGCCAACGACCAACCCCUACCUCUGGCUCAACGGCCCUGGCAUUAAUCCGUCUCCCUACUUGCCUGGUGCGAACGGGGCUUCCUAUAUGGCCUCAAGUUAUGGAGCAAAUCAGAGGCAGUUUCUAGCGCCGCCGACCGGGUUUGGAGGUGCGGAUUUUGGCUGGCUGUCCCUCUCCAGCCAGCAAGAACUUUUUAAGAUGGUCAGACCACCAUAUUCCUACUCGGCUCUCAUUGCGAUGGCGAUCCAGACAGCCCAAGAUAAGAAAUUAACCCUCAGCCAGAUCUACCAAUAUGUGGCUGAUAACUUUCCAUUCUACAAGAAGAGCAAAGCCGGUUGGCAAAACUCUAUAAGGCACAAUCUUUCUCUGAACGACUGCUUUAAGAAAGUAGCAAGAGAUGAGGACGACCCUGGUAAAGGAAACUACUGGACCCUCGAUCCCAACUGCGAAAAGAUGUUUGACAAUGGGAAUUUCAGAAGGAAGAGGAAGAGGAGAGCAGAUGCCAACGGAUCCAGCUCCAAUGUCUUGUCCGAUAAACCCGAAGACAGCGGCAGUGCACUUAAAACAUCGGAUACAGCCAGCCUCCUGGGUUCAGCCUCUGCUGAGCUGCAACACUCUCCGGGGUCAGGGAGCGAACCUAAAUCUUCCCCGUCGCCGGCAAUCGAACCCAGCCCUUGUUUCAACAAUUUUGUCUCCAGCAUGACUUCAAUGAUUGCUGUGAAUAACGGAAUCAACAGCAGACAAAUGUCUGGGCGGGUUUUAGUCGACUCGACUCAAAGUAACGAGAAUCUGUCAGUACUCGGUUCAUACUCACCAACUCACAGCACGCUACUUAACGUUGAUGCCAGCCAUCAAAGCCACAACCGAAUGAACUACUACCCACCGAGCCAAAGCAGUGGCACUAAUGGCCCGCUAACGAACCACUUUACUGUCAACAAUUUCAUUUACAGUCGCGAAGGAACUGAAGUUUAA